AUAUUCUGCACAUUUCGGUGACACUAUAUCGUCUCUUCCGCUAUCUCUAUCUGUGCUCUUGCUUGGGCAGUACGGUAUCCGAUGGCUCGAGCCUUAUCUCAAACCCUAAUUCGCGAAUCUCAAUCUCUUGCCCGCGACCUCUCGCCCUCUGGCCAACGUCUAUGCAGCGUCAGACGCGGCGGCGUCCUGCGGCCGCUGCCAUGGCGCCUCGCGGGCAUUCGCCUGCGCUCUGACCGGCCCGAGGUGGGUCAGCUCCUAGAAAUCGACCUCGGCCAGGGUACAGACGCCACAAACGUCGAGGUGGAAGUACUCAGCAUGCGGAGGCUGGAGGACGCGAUCCAGGUGCUUGUCGUACAAAAAUCGGCCCCGGCAUGGGUUCCCUUCGUCCCUGGAUCCUCCUACUGGGUUCCUCCGAGGCCUCGGGGCCAUGGAUUUGGUCUUGGGAUUUUUGCCCGUGCUGAGAAGUCGCUCACUGAGGAGGAGGCGCUCUCUCGCACGACUCAACGCGGGUGGCCUUCCUCUUCCUACUUCGUAGAUGGUGUAAUGCCUGAUCAUCAUUCCACAAAGAUAUUGUCCAUGUCUGAAGGUGGAUCAUCAGCACAAUCAGAUGAAGAGGAAUGAUCUCGUCCUGACCCUAAACCCUAAAGAAGCAAACGGCUAAGUGAAACAAAACCUCAGGGAGGUGUUUUAGUAGGCUUCCUCUUUGCUGAAUAAGUAAUUUUAAGCUUCGAUCCAGUUGUAGCCUACAGGUAGCAUGUACAGUAUAUAAUGUUAUUACUUUAUGAAAUUUACAUUAUACAAUCAAACUUUCAUUCAUAAUGAAUUCGCAGCAGUCACAGCUGUGUAUAUCUUCUCUU